GUUUGUUUUAGCCAUUGUUUCUGUAUUAAAUCGUUACGAACCAGCGGUUUGAAGACGCGGAGUUAAAUGAAAUGGCGGAAAAGCUGAAGCACAAAUAUCCAGAGAAGCGGAAACAGGUUCCUGCCUCAGAGGACCAGUCAGGAGCCAGUGCAGUAGCAGUACAGAGACUCAUCUCAACCCACAGAUACAAACGGCCCAGCAAGAACGUGAAUUGCUCCAGUGAAGCUUUGAACGAGCUUUUUAAAGCAGUGGACGUUCAUCCUGAUCGCUAUGAGGACCGGUAUGGCAAUUCUUCAGCACUUCCUCUUCAGGACUCUCAGAUGCUGUUCACAGAAACAGAUGUGACUUUGCCUUCCUGUCUGGACGCUAGUCCUGGUUCAGUGGAAACGGAGAGAGACAGAAUGUUGCGGAGGUCUCACCACCUUUCUGAUUCCUGUGACUCCUCUUCCUUUGGAAUGACAAAAGUUUACCAAGAGAUGGCGACCAUAUAUGAGCAGCUCAAGUCAGAGCGGCAAAGUCAGCAGCAGUGGGAGCGAGUGUUGCACGAGCGAGAGAAGAGGCUGAAGCAACAAGAGGAGGCUUUGGGGAGGCUGGAUGGUCUGGAGCAGAUGGUCCACGCUCGCAUUGUGGCCGUAGAGGAGAAGCACCAGCGGGAACUGAGCCAGCUGCAGGUCGUUCUGCGAGAGAAGAGCCGAGAGAACAAGAGACUCAAAUCCAGCUUUGACACCAUCAAAGAGCUGAAUGACAACAUGAAGACACAGCUGAAUGAGAUCAGUGAACAGAAUAAGACGCUGGAGAGUCAGUCCAAGAGGGUGCAGGCCCGACUUGAGAACCUGCAGAGGAAGUACGAGCACAGAAGAGCCUCUAAAGACCUCCAGAAGGGGAAUCUUAAAACUGCAGAGUCUAGUAAAGCAGACAAAAAGGAGAAAGCUGCCGCUGAUGCUGGUAGAAGACAUGGAGAGAAGAGCAACUUAAAUCCCCCGUCACCAAGGCUCCUGACGCUCUUGCUGGACUGGGUACUGGAUGCGCAGAUGCUCUCGUCGGCGGCAGGAAGUCAGAUGAAUGGCGUUGCCCAGUGUUUGCCUCCAGAAGCUCGGCUCAGUGAGAGAUGUGUCACGGUGCUGCCAUUGUUAGCCGAUCAGCUUCAUCACACUCCAUCAUCGGAGCCUGACCUCCUCCUAAACCUCCUUCGACUCAUUUACGGCGCUUUAAGACACUUGGACAACAGCUCACAGCAUGUUGCACUGUCUGCCACUCUGCGGCGGAUUGGAGAGGAAGUAUCGAAACCGGCGUCUCAGUGCGCCGUGCGGCCGUCCGGAGACCCACAUCUGCCCACUGAAACCUCUGGAUCCUUGAGGAGUUGGCCCCUUUACCGGAGCCCUUGUCCUCACACACGUCUUCUUUCUACCCUCAUCAUACUUCGCACCAUCACACAAGCUGACGUCGUGGCCCUGGCUCUGGACCAUCUCCGCUCUGACCUGCUGUGUGAGGAGAGUCGAGGCCUCUUCGUCCACUACGGAGGCGUCUCUGUGCUGCUGUCGCUGCUCCGGGCCAACCGCGUUGGACCACACACCCCCAUAGACAUCCUGGUACAGCUCACCCAACAGUCCCGUUACUUGAAUCCGUUUCUGGAGGCAUGCAGCUGUGAGGAGUUUUUCAAAACGGCAUCCCAGAUCCUUAAAAACGGCCGUCUGGAGCUCCCGUCCCUGGAGAAGCUCUCCAUCCUUCUGCAAAAACUCUCCAGCAUCAGGAAGAACCGUCACCUGUUUGAGCUCUCCUCACUCCGCCGGCAGAUACAAGAGCUGCACCACAAAACCAACCCCACACACACCUUCCUCUGCCUCAACCUCAGCUCCAUCCUCCUCAACCUUAAAUAACACAAACACGUGUUUCCCUGCAUCACGGGCGGAUUUAAGGUCUCCAAUUAAAGCCCCAGCUUCUGCGUUUGAGCCGACAUGCCUUCUUCCCCCGGCCUGGAAAUUACUGCUUGCUGUUUGAAUGUGUAAACAAGCGGCGAUCGCUCACCGUACGUAAGACAUCCGUUUAGGCAGCAGCCUUUUCCUGCUCUACCUCGGAUAACAUCUGCUCUCACACACGUUCUCCAUUAAUAACACCGAUGUGUAUCAGUGGUGUUCCUUCAAUGCUCGGAAUGAUUUGUACUUUUCUGGCCUAAAUGUUUGUGUGCUCGCCAGGCGAGUCUGUGACUGUGAAUCUUUUUAACGGCAAUAAACAAAAACAAGUACUUAAAGUCCCGAUGGGUGGAUUAAGAGUUGCUGACAUCCGUAUGUUUUGUAUGAAUGGGUCAUGUAAGUGUUGCAGGGCUGGGCUGGGCGGACGGGAGUAAUGGGCUCACUGUGGGAUACAUCGGUGUUCAGUGAUGGGAAAUGCACUGGUUGAAAACCACCUGCUGCUCUGAAUGUGAAAGAGAUGCGUCCAGUUUCUGUACUUAAGGCAUCGGCGUCAGGAUUUCUGAAUUAUCUGCUUAUUUCAUCAAAUGCAAACUGUUCUUCACAUCCGGUUUUCAGGAUUGUUUGCUGGAUGAAAGAUUUGUUCUAUCAUCUAUAUAUCAUAGCUUAAUUUAAGUACAUUCUCACCUCACAAGAAGAAAGUUUUGGGUUUAAAUCCAGCCUGUGCAUAUGUGGGUUUACCUCUUAUGUGCUCCCAUUUCCUCCCACAAUCCAAAUGCAAGGUUAAUCGGUGACUUGAAAUGACUUGUAGGUGUUGAUGUGUGUGGUUGUUUCUCUGUUUUUGCCUUGUGAUGAACUGAGGACGUGGUAAGCUCGGAUUGAUCUAGCUUCCUGCAACUGUGAGAACUACAUGAAGCGGUAUAAAAAAUGGAUAAUACAGUUUUUCAUAUGUCAGGAGAUCCUUUGUCAGGUCAUCCGUGGGUGUACUCACUUAUUCUAAGACACAACAUGUAGUGUUAAUUUUUAGAGGUAAGCACUGUGACACUCUCACCAUCAAUGGUGCCAGCUCUGCUUAAGGGGACUGGAGUGAUCACCUAAUCUGAUUCAGGUGAAAUGGCCUCCUCCUCCUGUCCCUGUUUUCACCUUUAACUUGAACCUUAGUGUUUCAUAACACUCACAAAUUGCCAAGUUUAUGAGCAAGAUUAGCUUUGAAAUAAUGCUUUUAGCACAUUUUUAGUGCAGAUCUUGACUGUUGGAGCAAAAUUUCAUCCAGAUUGAAAAAGAGACCAUUGACACUUGUUGAUUUCACCUGAGAAAGGACAUUUUACCAGGCUAGUUCAAACAACCCUCCAGUAGAAAGAUAUUAGAGAGUAAAUA